AUGUUUAAAAUAACAUCACAGCUGCGCCACUGUGGCGAAAAGAAAUCUGAAUCUGAUAUGAUGGAGAAAACUUUCUCCACUUUUCAUGCCUCUAACAUGGUUUUGCAGCAGCAGUAUCACGAAAGAGGCUUCCAGAAAUAUUCUGAGCUGAUCACAUGUCUUUUGCUGGCCGAACAAAAUAAUGAAUUGCUGUUGAAAAAUCACGAAUCUCGGCCGAUAUGUGCAAAUCCAUUUCCAGAGGAAAAUGCAAUACAACCGGCAAAUCCGGUGCAUGGUCGUGGGCAAAGGUUCAACACCGGGAGAAACAGAAACAAUGACGAGGAAUACACCCGGUGUGGAAUCAAAGGCCAUUGGGCCUAUGUUUGUCGCACAGCCAGUCACUUGGCUGAACUGUAUCGGGCCUCAAAAGGAAGGCAGGGAAGAGUUGCUGCCGAAACAAACCACGCUGCCCACGAUGACACAUUUGACGAUGUGAUGAAUAAAAAUAUCACGCACUUGGAUACCGAUGAUCUGCUUGACAUAGCUGAUGAUGUUAAAUAA